GACAUGAGACAGUACUUUAAAAUGUCUUCUUGUUAACGUUGACUUUACUAUGAAGUUCAGUAAGAUGGUAUAUUUAUUGCAGAUAUUGUUGGUCGUGUUGAACACCGAAUUCUUAAGUUCUCAAAGAUAUGACGGUUUUUCAUAUGAAGCGGAUUUUUUGGAUAUGGAUCCCGAUUCCAUCCUGGAGGAAAAUGCUGUAAUAACGGCUAAUGCCACUUGUGGUGUGCACCAUAAAGAGUAUUUUUGUCGUCUUGUUGAGCAUGCUGAUGGUCCCAUUACGUACAACGGACGUCUGUAUCGAACACCGAGGCAGAUUAUGACUUAUAGUCAAGAAGCUAAAUCCUAUCGAGAUCCUAGUGGACAAUGGAUACAAUGUGGUUAUUGUGAUGACAGAGAUCCUAAUCUACGACAUCCAAUCGAAUAUGUUCUACGUGGUGAACCUAACCUAUGGUGGCAGAGUCCAUCAUUAGCUCAAGGUUUACAAUAUCAUGCAGUUACAAUCACAAUGGAUUUUCGUCAGGUCUAUCAAAUUGUCUAUGUACUACUACGUAUGGGAGAUAGUCCAAGACCAGCUAAUUGGAUUCUAGAGCGUUCAAUAGAUGGAGAUAUAUAUCAACCAUGGGUAUUCUUUGCUAAAACUGAAUAUGACUGUAAGAAACUAUAUGCAUCAUUUAUUGAUCAACCGUUGACUAUUACAAGUGGUCCAAGACCAUGGCAUUUGCGUGAUGAUGAAGUUUAUUGUACAACAUUCUAUAGUCAACCUCAAGCAUUACAAUCAGGUGAAAUUAUUGUUACACUAACUUUGGAUCGUGAAAGUACAAUGUCUACUGAAGCUGGAAUGGAAAAUCCAAUAUCAUCAAAACUUAUUGACUUUUUAUCUGCUCGGUUUGUUCGACUACGUUUUCAACAAUUGCAAACACUUUCUGGUGAUUGGAUGGCUAUGCCAAAUCAGUUAGAUAGUUCAGUUUAUAACAGGUAUUACUACUCCAUUCGAACAAUUAAAGUUGGUGGAAAAUGUGUAUGCAACAGUCAUGCCAGCCGAUGUGAACAAAAAGUAAUCAAUGGUGUACCUCGAGCUGUAUGUGACUGUCAGCAUAACACAUGUGGAAAUAAUUGUGAGAAAUGUUGUCCACUAUUCAAUCAACUACCAUGGAGACCAGGAAGAAUAUGUGAAGAAUGCAAUUGUAAUCGAAAGGCUGAUGAAUGUGUUUACAAUCAAACUGUUGCCAACUUGCGUCUAAGUAUGCGUAAAGAUGGAGUUUUCGAAGGUGGUGGUGUUUGUAUUAACUGCCGUGAAGAUACAACUGGUGUGAAUUGUGAAAAGUGUAAACAAGGUUUUUAUCGUCCAAUAAAUGUUAGACCAGAUUCAGCAUAUCCAUGCAGACCAUGUGAAUGUAAUACAUUUGGAUCUACUGGGGAUUGUACGUCAAAUGAUGCUGAAAUACCUGAAAGAUAUCCUGGUGAUUGUAUCUGUAAAGAAGGUUAUGCUGGUAGACGUUGUGAUGAAUGUGCUGAAGGCUAUCAGCGCUCUAACAUUGAUCCUCAAUUGUGCAUACCGUGUACAUGUGAUAUUAGAGGUAGUCAUCGAGGUCCAGGAUAUCAAUGUGAACCUCCAUGUAACUGUAAAAUUAAUGUUGACCCAGACUCAUAUUGUAAUAAAUGUCAACAAGGAUUUUUCAACCUUGAUGUUAAUAAUCCUGAAGGUUGUCAAGCUUGUUAUUGUUCUGGUCUUACAGAUCAAUGUACUGCAGUCAGUUCAGUUACUGCUAUGAUCUUGGAAAGUAAAGGAUUACUUGAUCAAGUUAACACAUUAAUUGGUUGGAAAAUUAUUGUACCAAGUCUGUCUACAGUAGAUACUGGUUAUACUAUACCAAUGGCAGAAAUUUCAGCACAGUAUGAUAAAGUUUUAUUUACACAAACACGUGCAGUUGAAGCUUGGUUCUCUUCAGUUAGUUCAACACCUGUAACACGUGGUUACUACUGGUCUGCACCAGAAGCUUAUUUAGGCAAUCAGAUUACAGCAUAUCGUGAUACACUGAAUAUAAUAUUACGCUUUAAUUCACCAACUAUGCUGACCUAUCGUACACCAGGGAUAAAAGCUGACUCUACAGGCAGUAGACAGUUCACAACAUCGAUAGCUAUGACUGACCAUUUAAAUUAUAUGUGGUUACAUGAACCGGAUAUUGUGAUUGAGGGGAAUGGUUAUCGGUUAGUUCACAUGCUUCCAUCAUCUUACCGAGAAAGUCAUAUGAUUUUGAAUAUUCCAGUAACUGAAUCAUCAUUUCGAGUAAUUGUAGAACCACCAACAUCAAUACCUUUGGAUAGAUUUCCUAUAAGUUGGUUGCAAGGAGAUCAGUUAAGACCAGAUGAAUCCACAUCAGAAAGAGUUGGUCGACCAGCUACCGUAGCUGAUUUAAUGACAGUUCUAUCCAGUAUAGAUAGAUUAAUGAUCAAAGCUAAAUAUAUAACUGAUCAAACAACAACUGAACUGAUGUCAGUUACAUUAGGUCGUGCAGUACGUGAUGAAUCUGGUGGCAUACCAAACAUUGAAGAGUGUAUUUGUCCAACAGGAUAUUCAGGAACAUCUUGUGAAUCAUGUACUAUUGGAUUUUAUCGUGAUUAUGAAAGAAAACAAACAACUGUAUACAAUAAUCAAACAUUAUCAUCAACAUCAUUUGUAUCAAUAUGGCGUUCAACAAUAAUGGGACAAAUGCCUAUUUGUAUACCUUGUCAAUGUUAUGGACAUUCAGAAACUUGUGAUGAAAGAACAGGAGUUUGUAUUAAUUGUGAACACAAUACUGCUGGUGAUAAAUGUGAUAUAUGCGCACCAGGAUUUUAUGGUGAUUCAAGAACUGGUAGUUCAACAGCAUGUAAAUCAUGUGAAUGUCCACGGAUUGACAAUCAAUUGACUACAGUUUGUUUAGCACAUGAAGAGAGUUCGCUUACAGAUGAAAAACCUUAUGUAUGUUUAGACUGUACAGAAAAUACUCGAGGUCGAUAUUGUGAAGUAUGUGCUGAAAUGCAUUUUGGUGAUCCAUUGAAUGGUAUACCAUGUCAUCCAUGUAAUUGUAGUUCAACAGCUAUUGGCUGUAAUGCUACAAAUGGAGCUUGUAUCUGUGGUUUCAAUACAGCUGGACCAAGGUGUGAUGCAUGUGCUGAAGGAACUCAUGGUGAUCCAACUAGAGGCCAACCAUGCAGGCCUUGUAACUGCCAUGUAAAAGGCAGUGUCUCUCCAUCAUGUAGACUUGAAGAUGGUCAAUGUAGUUGCUUACCAACAUAUGAAGGCGUAAGAUGUGAUCGUUGUAUCGCUGGUCGUGGUAAUGUCGAAGCAGGUUGUCCACCAUGUCAAUGUGACCCUAUUGGAACGAGACCCGAGUAUUUAACUAUGUGUGAUCCAAUAACUGGACAGUGCUCCUGUAAACCUGGUGUUGGUGGCGCUUUGGAUUGUUCUACCUGUCAAGUAGGCUACUACAAUCUUGGUCCAAAUGGAUGUACAGAAUGUAAGUGUACUUCGAGAGCAAUUGAUCGAACGUGUGAUCCAAUCACAGGUCAAUGUAAAUGUGGUGAGAAUGUAAUCGGAGAUACAUGUGAUCGAUGCAUACCUGGAUUUUAUUGGAAUGUUACUGGACCUAAUUGUUUACCGUGUUACUGUGGAAUCGGAACAGAAUUAACACGAACAUUGACCCAAUUAGUUGAAUGUGAUAUGAAUACUGGUCAGUGUAAAUGUGCACCACAUGUGGUUGGACGUGAUUGUACUGAAUGUGAAUUAGGAUACUUUGGUGUAUCAGAAUCUGGUUGCAAACCUUGCUUACCAUGUCCAAAUGGUCAAGUGUGUCAUCAAAUCACCGGAAAGUGUAUUUGUCCACCGAAUACAGAAGGUGAUCGAUGUGAUAAAUGUUCAACUGGAUCAUGGGAUUAUAAUCCAGUGAUAGGAUGUAAAGACUGUAACUGUUCCGUGGCUGGUUCUCUUCUUGGUUCUGAAGACCAGUGUGAUUUAAUCACUGGUCAAUGUUCAUGUAAACAUGGAUAUACUGGUCGUGCAUGUGAUCAGUGCAGUUUAGGAUUUUAUGGUUAUCCUGAUUGUAGACAAUGUGAUUGUGAUAUGCGUGGUACAAUACAAGGAAAUUUGACCAUAGAAGAUAUUGUUGUACCAUGCAAUCCGAUAGAUGGCCAAUGUAAUUGUAAAGCGAACGUUGAAGGUGAUCAAUGUGAUCAAUGUAAGCCAGGAACAUUUGGUUUGAACAUAGACUACCCACUUGGUUGUUACUCUUGUUUCUGUUUUCCGACAAGUACACCACCCCGAUGUACUCUGUUGACUGGUUAUCGUUCUGUUCCAGGAAAGCUGAAAGGUGUUGAAAUCAUUUCUACUGAUGAUCCAAGAUAUCCAGGUGGUCCAUUAAUUGAUUUAAAACUUGGUCUAAAUGAUGUAGACAUGAAUGAUUUGACUAUUGGUUUAAGUCAAUUCAAUUGGCGUUUUUCUAUACAUCGACCAACUCAUUUAGAAAUACCAGAGUUAAAAGGUUCAUUGAUGCGUAACUAUGGCAGUGUUUUAAUAGCUGUAUCAACAGAAUGUCUACCCACUGGUGAUUGUAAACUUGGUAUCGAGGAGGCACAGACUACAUCAAGUGAACAAGAUUUAGCUGGACGAUUAGUGAUACGUAGAUCUGAACUAAUUGAUGCUCGAAUGACAGCGUUAAAUGGUCUACUUGAAAUGGAAUAUCAACCAUCUGGAGAUUCACAUCGGUCAAUGACGGAUGGUUUUCGACAAAUAUGGCUAAGAGAACAAGAUUGGGUAGUGACUCGAGUUGCUGGUGUAGAUACACGUGUUCGACCAAUACGCAGUGAAUUAAUGUUGGCUUUAGUCAAUAUUACAUCAUUCAGUGUACGCUUAUUUAUGCCUGAAGCAAGACCAAAACUUGUAAGCGUUAAGUACAAAAUUUAUCAACCACGUACAGAAAUUACAACACUCUCGGGAACUGAGAUUAAAACAAUUGAAAAAUGUGAAUGUCCUACUACAGCAUCCGGAGACCAUUGUGAGAUUGCGUCACCUGGAUUCUACUUUCCACCGAUAGAACCUAAACCAGGGCGUGAUAUACAACCACCAGAAGCUAUAACAGACCCCACACUCCCACCAGGUCAUAUAAUAUGGGAAGGUGGAGCUAAAAAAUGUCAUUGUCAUGGCAUGUCUUCGAAAUGUGAUCCAGUAACAGGGAUAUGCAUAGAUUGUACAGGUAAUACAGAAGGUCCAGAUUGUGGUAAAUGUGCUAUGGGUUAUAUGGGUGAUCCAAGAAUUGGACAACAUUGUGUUAAAUGCCAAUGUCCUACUGAACAAACAGAUUAUGCAAUCACAUGCUCACCAUCAACAGAUCUUUCAUACAUGCCGCACAGAUGUAUCUGUAAGCAAGGAUAUGCAGGUUUACGCUGUGAACAAUGUGCUCCUGGUUAUUAUGGUGAUCCAACAAGUAUGGUUGCCUGUCAACUGUGUGAUUGUGAUAUGGGUGGUGCAAAAUCUGAGACAUGUAGUCAAGAUACUGGACAAUGUGAUUGUUGGCCUGGUAUAAAAGGACGUCGAUGUGACCAAUGUGAAGAAGAUCAUGUUGUAGAUGGUGGAACAUGUCGUGACUGUCGUGGACCUUGUACUGGAGAAUUACUUAUUAAAUCUGAUAAUGUAAAAGCACAAAUUGAUGGAUUGAAUAUUACUACAUUAGCACAUCGUGGUAUUGCUCGUCUUAGACAACAAGCUGAAACAACUAAAAAUCGUUUUACAAAACAACGUGAAGAAUUAGAAUUAGAAAUUAUUUCACGUACACGUCAAUUGAUACGACAAACUGAUGAUUUAUAUAAAAGUUAUAAUAGAAUAAAAAUGAAUCAUGAUAUUAUUGAUAAAUCAAAUUGUAAUAUUACUCAACAAACAAAAGAAUUAUACAAUCAAGCUGAAACAAUAGAAACUACUAUUAGAAAUUGGAUGAAUCGAUUAAGUAAACAAGAAUUUGGUCAAGCAAUUAGUAAUUCAGAGUUAUUAAGUUGGCAAGAACAUACACGUCAAAUAAUAAAUAACUUAAAAAAUAUUGAUCUUAAUUCAACUGAAAUUUGGUUAAAAGAAAUUCAAUCAGUAAUUGAAUCAAGAAUUCAAGAUAUAGAAGAAUUGAAUCGUACAAUAAAACAUGAAAAAAUUAAAAAUGAUAUUGAACAAUUGAAUGUAUAUCAUGAAUUACAAACAUUUUUAACUGAUUAUCAAACAGAUCAAUUAUAUCGAAUUGGAAAUGGAACAAAAUUAGCAACAAGUGAAUUAGACAUGGCGCUAAAAAAAGCAAACGCUUUGACAGAUACUGUCAAGACUACAACAAGUUUGAAUACCCUUCAAUCAUUUGAUAGAGAAUCGAAGAAUUUAGAACAACAAUUAGACAACUUUGAACGAAUACGUAUUGAUGAAGAACAAGCUGAUUUAUUUGAAAAAGCUAAAAGUAUCACUAGACUAUUAAGUCAAAUUCAACUGCCUGAUUCUACACAAAUAUUUAUACCGCCAGAAUUGAUACGUGAUUCCGUCGAACCUAUUGAAUAUGAAUCAAAGCGUAUCCUAUCCAUUUUAACACCUUCUGAUCGAUUGAAUCGUACAUAUUUAGCCUAUAAUGCUUAUCAAAAGAUUAUCGACAAUAUGCAAUUGGCUGAGAAUGCAACCAAUGAAGCUGAAGAAGCUUUAAUACAAAGUACUACAACCCUGGAUGGUACACAGAUAUCAUGGCAAGAUCGACUUAAAGAUGUAAUUAAGAAACGUGAUCAUAUAACAGAUGCAUUGAAUAACCACUCCGUAAUCUUUGGUUCACAUAAUGAAACAUUAAAUAUGCUUGAUAAGGAGUUACAGCAAACUGAGAAUGAUUUGAAUACAUUGAAACAAAUUGCAACAAACAGUUUGGACACAACCAAGAUUAUUGCAAAUAAAGUUGACUCAAUAAAACAAUUUUUACAAGAUACAAAACCAUUAGUUGAAAAUGCCACAAAAAAAUUAGAUAUACAAAGAGAACGUUAUGACAAGUUACAUGAUCGUUUACAGGAAAUGGAGAAUCGAUAUUCACAAAUACAAGGAACUGCUAAGACUUUGGUUGAUCGAGCUAACAUCAGUCAAUCACACUUAUCUAAAUCAAUUGAUGAAGCUGAAAUGCUAGCCAGACAAUUAGAUGAAAAAAUGUUAAAUCUCCGUCGAUUAGCUGAUGAAGCACGUUCAAUACUUGACGUCAAUUAUGGAUCACUAUCACAUGAUCCUGUUCCUUUACAAUUAGGUCAAGAUUGUGUAUAUACAUUAGUACCGUAUAGUUUAACAAAAUCUCGAGUAUUCGAUAUUGAAUUUUGGUUCAAUUUGCAUAAUCUACCAUCUUUGCCAACCAUGAGCAGUGUGUUAAUGGUGGGACGUAGAGCUUUUGAAGGACAUACACAAAUGUUUGCAUUUACUGUUGAAGCACCAGAGGCUAAAUUACGCUUUUCAUGGAAUACACCUAAUGGUGUAUUAGAAUUAGGCCCUAUUGUAAUCAAUACAUGGUAUCAUACACGUGUUACAUCAGUCGGUGGAGAAACAUAUAUGAUUCUUAUGGAAAGACCGUUCCAAGAUCAAGGUGAUGUUAUUCCAGAAAUGAAAAAGACUGUAACUACAAACGGUACACUAGAUCAAGAAGCAAAUCUUAUUAUGGAUAGGCAAAUGGAAUUACGUAUUGGUGGAGUUAUACAGUCAAGUAGUCGUCUAAGCAAUCCUGAAGCAUGGGGUGAUAAUGGUGCAGAAUUAUUCUGGUCACGUCUUAUGUCAAUGGAAUCAGUUAAAUUUUGUAUGUUCAACUUGAGAUUAAGUGGUCUACCAAUAAGUGUUGUCAAUUUUGCUGAUGCCAAUCCUGAAUGCUCUAAACCAAAAGAAUAUCAAUGCCAAUUACCUGGAAAAAAUCGUCGAUAUGUAAGAAAUGGUUAUAUAUGGGAGAAACAAGGUGAAUUAAACCAGUUGACUAAUCAAACUCGAUCAUCACAAUCAACUGAUCCAUCUUUAUCAUUAACACGAAUGUUCUUCUAUGAUUUCAAUGGUGCUGGUGGUUAUUCACGAUUAAAAUCAUUUGAAUAUUUAGAUUUUUGUAAAGAUCAAUUCGAUUUUCAAUUGACUCCAUUAACUGAAUAUCAACGGUCAAAUAUGACAGUAAUGACAUUCUAUAAUUAUGAUAGAGAUUAUGGGAUUACAAUUGAACUGGUCAACGGUCGUCCAGAGGCCACCUAUUGGUAUGGUCGUGAGUUAUACCGAUUAGAGGAGAGUAUUCAACGAGAAAGUGUUGAGAUAACAAGACGACGUAGAUUUAAAACAUUCAACUUUAAACCACGUUGGAGGCGUCAAUCAUCCCACAAUUAUGAUGAAGAUAGAAGAAGACUGAACUUGAAUCUUAUAGAUCCAUCAGUGAGGAUACUACGAUUGGAUAGUUUUAUGACAACUGAUUGUAAUGAUGAUAUGGUAUUAUUCUUAGGUGGUAUACCACCAGGUCACUAUCAGAUGCGCAAACGAAUGCAACAACUUGGUUUCUCAUUAACUCCAUUUGCUGGUCGAAUUGGCUUUACAAAUGGUAAACCGAGUCAAUCAGGUGAGCUUUAUCUAGCUGAAUAUGCAAUCAGUUCAGUGAAUCAGUUUGGUGAUACCCAAUUCACUGACUCUAGGCAACUUGGAGAAAUUCGAGCUAUAGAAGAUACAAGUCCACUUUAUCAAUACUGUCUACAACUAACUCCACAUAGCACGUACAUGGCGCCAGAGUUAAAACAACCAAGUAAUUAUUCACCAUUUGAACCAGGCAUAAGUAUGACUGUACGAUUCAAUCCACUGAAAACUCGUUCAGGUGAUAUGGACUUAUUAAUUAUGCAACCUGGUCAUGCUGAAUGGAUACGUAUAUUUCUUACAGAAGAUCAUCGUUUAGGUAUUGUAUUACCAGGAGCUAGUAAAGGGCUCUAUACUAGAACAUCAUUAACUUCACGUGCAAUUAAUGAUCCUUAUGCAAAUUUAUUGAAUUUAGAAUUAGCUGAAUAUUUAAAUAUGACAUCAGUUCUUCCGGUAUGGAAUGUUUUAAGCAAAUCAAUAUCUUCACCUUCAUCAUCAUUAUUAACACCACUUUCAACAAGUACAACAAUACCAGUCAACCAGUUUGAAUCUAAACAGGCUGAAGUAGAAGUUGUUAUUACAUUGUAUUUUGGUUCAGCUGAUACAGAACAAUUGACUGUAUUAUUUGAUCAACGUAUUGUACAAUCAUGGAGUAUACCAAAACAACCAGAUGUUAGGAGUAUACGACAAAUUUAUAUUGGACCACAAUUAGCACCAAUCUAUCCAAUUACCAUUAAUUACUUAAUUAUUGGUAAACACCUCGUCGACUUUACUACUGAAUUGGUAAGCAGAGAUAACCCAUAUGGGAUUCAAGUUGGGACAUGUGGUGGUCCAUUAUAUCCCAGAUUUACUGAACGUAGAGGUUUAGCUGGAAUAAUGACAAGUAAACUGCAAGGACUUGAAUUAUCUGCACCACCAGGUGGACGACAGCUAACAUUUGUACCAUUCGAUGAAUUCAUGAAAACACAAAUUAUACCAGGAGUAAGUUAUCAUGAUCAACUGACUUUGGAAAGUAUACGCACUGGGGACGGUAAACUGAGGAAAAAGAAUGAUUGUACGGAGAAUGCAGAUAAUACAGCUUGGUUCGAUCAAUAUCCUGAUUCAUACUGGGAAAUUAGUAAUAUUGGUACUCUAAUUGAAGAUCGAAAUGCACCACUUGAAUUCACAAUCGGUUUCCGUGCUCAGUUAGCAAAUACAGCUGUAGGCGGUGAUGGGACAAUUGAUGGUGAAACUGAAGAAGAUGUUUACAGCCUUUUGGCUGCUUUCAAUUUCGGUCCAGAUGAAGGCAAUCUUUAUAUUGUUUUAUCAAAAAAUCAAGUAUUUGUUAGUGCAGACAGAAAGAAUUUCUUCUGGUCCAGUCCCUUAAUGACAAUAACAGAUACAACAUGGCAUCGAUUGAAAUUAAUCUUCCAAUCAUCAGACUUAAUUCAAGAACAAAAUGGUCCUGGAGUUGAAAGUGGAUUACAACUCUUAUUCGACCAUCGUCAUUUUUGGCUUCCACCAGUGGACUUAUUUAACUUGCCAUCCGUUGUAUUCAUUGGUGGCUUACCCAGAAUGCCCAACUUACAAUUACAACCAAAUGGCCAGACGUUUAGUAUUUAUGGUCUAUUUGGAUGUGUGGAUGAAUUGACAAUGAACAAUGUCAGUAUUCAGCUGAGAACAAGCAAUCGUCCAGUUUGUUAUGACUGUUUCAGUCUUAAUCCAACAAUCGUUCAUGUUCCAGAGAAUAUUGAUGAUUAUCUAAAGUAUAAUUUAGUUCAAUUGCAAAUACCCCCAAUUUUCACUCAACCUGGACUUGAUAAACUUACAUUCGACUUCAGUUUUUUCUAUGAUCGGAAUACAAUAAAGCAAGCUAGUUUAUUUGUACUCACUUUUGGCGGGACAACUGAUUCACCAAGUGAUGAAAUUCAUUUGUGGUUAUUCCUUUCUAAUAAUGAGGUUAAAAUGGCUUAUUACACACAGACAGAUGAUGUAUUAGAAUUAAAUCAUGAAGUGAAUUUAGCCAAUGUUGGACAUAAUCAAAAUAUUUGGCAUUUUAUUAAACUGGAUAUUACUUUUAUUAAUAAACGUCCUGUAUUCUUGUUGAAAUCUCAAACAUCAAUUAGUGAUACAUUAGUACCAUUUAAAAAAGCUGAUCGAUUGGUAUCAAUUCAUCUUGGGAGAAAUUCUGUAUUAACAUCUAAUAAAAUGAGUAAAGCUGCUUACAGUUAUCAAGGUGAAAUGUUUAGAGGAUGUAUACGUAAUCUUCACUUAUCAACGCCAACAGAAAUACGUAAUAUAAAUUUACCUGAAGAUUUACCAGGAUUUUUAUAUGGUUUAUGUCAUACUUCAUUAGUUUGGUGAAUAUUUCAAUAAAAAUUAUGAUCAUAUUAUAAUAAUUUUAAUGAAUUGAAAAUCUUAAUAAUCAUGAUAUUGCUUAUCACUUUUUAUUAUUCAAUCGAUUUUUUCUCUCAAAAAAAAAAAUGAAAAAAGAAAAAUGAAAUAAAUACAUAAAUUAGGCUGUUAUUAUUUUUUAUAAACUUCAGGAUCUAUAUUUGACCUGAUCGAGUUAAGCAUUGGGUAAUUGGAUUAUAAAUGAAAUAUAUUUUGUAAAGUCCUAAUGAAGUAGAAAAAUAAAUUUUUAACAUUUCACGACUUUGUGGAAAUCGUUUCAAUAGAGAAUAAAACCUGUACAAGUUAUCGAUAGUUUAAAUUUCAAGUUGUUAUUCAUCGUAGAUUGACAUCAGCUGAAGGAACAAA